AUGAUUCGGCUUUGGAGUUUCUUGGUAUUGUGUUUGGUCGUCAGAGCAGACAUUUACGAAGACAUUGACAAAUUAUUUCUUAAUUCAGGUGAUGAAACUGCACCAGAAUGUAGUGGAGUACAAGGUGACCUGCCUCGUGGUUGCUACGAGUGCUACUUAUGUAACGACUCACGUCUCAGAAAUUAUCAUACACCAAACCAUAAAAUAAUCCAUUUGACGGAUCAUUCCUGUACAACCACGGAUUUGUGCUGCGUUCCUCAGGAAGACUUAAUUCCUAGAAAUGGUGGGCAAUGUGGUGUGAUGGUGCCAGGCGGGUUUAAAGUAGUUAAAGGCAAAAAACAGAAGAAAACGAAUGCCCGCUCGGUGCUGAAAGGAGAGUAUCCCUGGAGGGCCUGGAUAUAUAGGAGAGAUGACUACCGUCCGCUUUGUGCCGGCACCAUCGUGGAGGAUAACGUGGAUUUUGUGCUGACUUCAGCUACUUGCGUCCACAAUUAUAUAGGAACCGAUCUCAUCGUAAGCUUCAGCAGGGAUCGUAACGAGGAGAUAGAUGUUGAAGCGAUUAAAGUCCACGAAAGUUACCGAAGCAAAACACCAAGCAUCAACGACAUAGCCCUUCUGAAACUCAAUAAAACCCGAGAGCGGACACCUCGAUGGGUGAAACCAGUAUGCUAUCACAAUUUACCACCCAUGCACGCAACCACUUGCACCAUUAUUGCCGACUCGGAUCAUUUUAUAAACCCAGUUGUCCCGUUGCCGGAAAAGUGCAAAAUCGGGAACAAGGAUCUUCACGUCAGUCAGAUAUGUGCGAUUGCGCCUCCGGGAGAUUACGAUCCUGAAACCGGGGCUGGUCUCUUCUGCCCGGAUAGCCUUCGUACCGGCGACUCCAACUUCUAUAUUAACGGGAUAGCUUUGGAGCAACAUGAGUCAAUAACAAUAUACACGAAAGUUUCACAUUUUGCGGGGUGGAUCGACCAGGAGAUCUCUCAGGGUUUUAAUGAUUAA